AUGGCGUGCGCAUCUGCCCGGCCGCGGUCCCGGCUCCUGUUGCUAGUUGUCGCCCUCCUUUUCUUCCGCGUCUUGUUGCUGAACAUCACGCUUCUCGUACGGCAUGCAUCCCUCGACACCCGGGAAAGGUCGACACAAAAGCCCAGCCACGAUGAAUCACCGCCCCAGAUCAGAGAUUGGGAAGUCGCGGGUUGGGAACCGGCGGGCGCCGUAUACCGGGAGAAGGCGUACAAGCCUGAACCUGCCGGGCCUUCCAGUCUGCCCGUCCCGGAUCCAUUCCCUCUGUUGUCCGAGAACCCGCCCCCGGCACCGGGCAUCCUUCGCGCGCCACAGGUCAACCGCCCACCGCAAAAGCACUCUCCAGAACAAACGCCAUUGUUUGUCGGCUUUACUCGCAACUGGCCACUGCUGCUCCAAUGCGUCGUCAGCUACAUCGCGGCAGGCUGGCCGGCAGAGGACAUCUUCGUCGUGGAGAACACAGGCGUGAUGCACGCCAAUCGGGACGGCAAACUGACGCUGCAAAACCCGUUUUACCUCAACCAUACUCAGCUGUCAAUGCUAGGUGUCAACGUCAUUACUACACCCACCCUACUUACCUUCUCACAACUCCAAAACUUCUACCUCUGGACCGCCCUCACAAACAACCACCCCUACUUCUUCUGGACGCACCAAGACGUCCUCGUCUUCUCCUUCGAAAAAGACAACAACAACAACAACAACAACAAACCCCCCUCUCCGUCCCACACCACGGACCGCAGCACCGCCACAACUGGCAGCAGCGCUACGGCCCGCCCAGCCUCCCUCUACGCCAACGCGCUCGCCACCCUACGCCACCUGACAACCAACCCGGCGCACGUGCUCAACACCAAGCCCUGGGCGCACCACUUCUUCGCGUACGACCACCUGACGCUCGUCAACCGCGACGUGGUGCUGGACGUGCUCGGCGGCUGGGACACGCACAUCCCCUUCUACGCGUCCGACUGCGACGCCUACCUGCGCGCGCGCUGGGCGGGGCUGGCGCAGACGGAGAGCGAGAUUGGCAUUGUCUUGGAUGUGGGCAGCGUGAUGGCGGAUUUGGGGGCGUUGUUAAGGGUUCCCGGGUGUGUCGGGAGGUUGUUGGAGGCUGAUGGAAGGGGGAGUGAGGGCGUGGAGGGGUGGGGGCCGGAGGGGGAGGGCGCGGCGUAUGUGGAGAGCUGGGAGAGGUUGGUGGCGUUGGGGGAGAAGAUGCAGGAGGAGAAGUAUGUGGGUGGGGGGAAUGGGUUGAGGAAUCAGUGGCAGGCGGAGCAGAAGGGGGGGAAGGGGGAGCCGUUUUAUAGGGAUGCGGACGGGUUUGAGAUUGGGGUGCAGAUGAUGAUUGAGACGGGGCGGAAUGUGUUUGCGGAGAAAUGGGGGCAUCGCGGGUGUGAUGUUGGAAGGAUGGGGGUGGUGCCUGAGGAUGCGUGGCGGUUGGAGAGGGAUUGGGAUGAGGACGAGGAGGAUACGGGGUCGUGGUGA